AAGAUGUAAGAUAAUGUAUAAACUUGCAACUCUUCGUAUGAAACGGAGUUUGAUUGUUUGAUGAGCGAAUGAUGUGAUAAAAAUUCAUAUGUCAGAAAAGAUAAGUAUUUUCGACGUAACGAUCACCAUAAGAAAGAUACCAUAGAUAUUUUGCAGUGAAUUCACAUAAAAAAUAAUUCAAUAUUAAAUAAAUAGUUUGGAUAUAUUUGGGAACUUUGAUCUUCAAAUAAUAAGGUUUCAGACUCUACUAAAAAUGAAUCAUUGAGCGCAGCUAUUAAUAAAUUAAGGAACAUUUCGCUAUCUUCUUUUCGUAGUUUUAUACGAUGGAAAAAACAAAUUACAGAAAUAGCGGUUGUGUCGUAACAUGGAAAAUAAAAAACAUUCACUGCUUGGAGAAGAUGGCCAACGUGCAUAGCCCAUAUUUCUUUAUCGGAACUACACACAAAAUCAAAUGGCAGAUUGCGACGAUGCCAGGAAAGGAAAAAUAUCAUUUCAUUUUGGUUAAAAAUAAUGAAAAUACGUGCAUUUCUAAAAACUUAAGUGUUAGUUAUGAUUGCAAGGUGACAUGGAAGGCUGGAGAUAUUCCUGAAGAGGUAGGAGUAAUAUCUUUUCCGAAAUAUAAAGAGCGUGAUAAACUAUGUAUUAUAUCCUAUGAUUCAAAAGAUAUCGAUACUUCUACCACAACUGUAAUAUUUCUGUGCUAUUUUCGUAUUAUUUCAGAUGAUUAUAACUCAGUUAUAAAUCAGUAUAAAUUUCAGACCGUUGUGGAAGCAGAACACCAAAGAAUUCAGUAUACAAUUCCGAAAAUCAGCAUUUUAGGUGGUCAACAAUUAUUCAUUCCCGCUCCUUUGGCGUGCAGAUUGACUGUGCCAUUUGAAAUGGCAUUGCGCUUACUCGGAACCGAUGUUCUCGCUUUUUUUGUCGCAAAGAUUUCAGAAAAUGGAAACAGAAAAGUGCUUCUUAUUUGCAAAUUUUCUAUUGCUGAUGAAAAAGGAAACAAUUUGUAUACCGAAACUGGCAGUAAAGAAUUUAUUGAUGGUCCUGAACAUUUGAAAAUACCCAAUACUUGGUGUUUACAGAUUCCUAUUAAUACAAAGGUUUUAACGUCAAACAAAUCACAUACUUUAUCUUUAGAUAUUGAGUUUCUGAUAUCAGAACAUAACACUAACACUUGGAGGGAGACGUUUUCAUCCGUAGCGAUUGACCAAUCAAAAGAGCUUUCAUCCAAAAAAAUCCGAUCAUUCAGGCUUGAGGGAAAAUACCUUCUUACUGCCCUUUGUGUAUGUGGGCUUAUGAAACCAGAGCUAUUUAUUCUAUUAGCCCCAAUUUUACUUUUCUUGUACUAUUAUUUCAACUAGAAGCCUUAUCUUUAAUUUAUCUUUUUAUUUUGUUUUUCAAAGAAAAAAACUUUAACCAUGACAAUGUCUUUCAACAUGAAUUUUUAUAAUUUUAGUGAUGUUUAAAAACAUUAUUAAAAGAAAGACAGAGGCAACUUUUUUCAAGAAUCGUGUGAUUCGCUAAUUCUAUAGCUCAGUGUGAAGUUAUGAUUUAUAGAACUAAAACUAUUGCAUGCCUGU